ACAAAUUAAUUCGGUAUCGGAAAUUCAGUCUUAUCGUAAUAUUUUUCACGAUUAAUUGCUAGAAGUGACGGGUAUUAAUCGAAAGCUCUUUAUCUCAUCGUAAUAAAUACUGUUUACCCAAUGCAGUCAGCGAUACAGAUUACCUGAACGACGGAAGAACUCAUGAAUCUAGGCAAGGUUUAGCAAGAUAGCUGUUCGGGAAUUUUUAAAACUAACUCGCACAGAUAUGCGGUGGGAUUUAAAUGCUAAAAUAUUCUAAGCAGGAGAAUAUCGUAUAGAGAGAAUAUUAUAUUGUAUAGGAGAAUAUUAAAUCGUUAGCAUGUGAUCGGUGACCGAAGCCGCGACCAAGUCAUCAUGUGACGAUUACUGUUCUCCACGUCAUCGCGGGGGAGGCUGAGGUCGUUCAGGAGAGAGGGAGUUCGCCCCAUUCGUGAACCACGACGCGUUUAAAUGGCCGGCCGCGCGUCGAUUCCAAUUCAGUUUCGCCAUUACACCGCGAAAACCGGUCUGAAAUCUCGCAUACCCCCGUGUGAUAUAUGAAUAUAUACUUAUUGUAGAUCUUUCGGAAACAUCUUUCUUAUUUUUGCGUUUCGUUUUCGAUGAUUCCUGUGAAUAUAAGUUAGUAAUAGCAAUAAUAACUGGAGAGACAGAAUCGGAAGAAAAUUGAACAUUUAUAAAAAGAGAAUCGGAAAUUAUAAGAAUUUCUCGUAAUUUGCAAAAAGCAUUUAAAGCGAAUGUUUCUUUUCUUUUGUGACAAAUGCUUUUUGCCGCUUUGACAAAGCGGCAUUGAAAAUAAGCGCUUUAACGAAGCGCGAUGAUGUUUCGAGCUAGCAGAGAGAAGUAUCCUCGGGAUUGAACGUGAAACCCGAAUUUCUUGAUAAAGAAAACUGCGCUUUGGCGUUUUGUGAUUUUUCUUCUCCUUGCAAGGACAAUCUUCGAGAACAAAAACGGAUCUUCUUCAAACCAAGUACUUAACAAAUACUAAAGAUGAAAAACGGUAACAGUUCGAUAGACAGCGGACAAAGGUUGGAGGGCUACGUGAAUCACGGCUUAAGUGAAUCUACCAACAAUGUGGAUCUCAUUCACUCGUAUCAAUCUUUUCAUAAUUCGCACGGAAAUCACCGAGACAUACAGGGUUCCUCGGAUUUUAUCUUGAUCGAAGAGUCAGGAGAUGAUGAGGUCAAGCAGCAGGAAGGUCUUUUAAGCUCGGCGUUGCAAUAUACAAGGCGGCGUGCCAGGGCCAUAUGUACGAAGAAAACCCUUUACAAAAGAUUGCCGCUCUUGAGCUGGCUACCAAGGUAUAACAGUCAAGAUGCGCUCGGAGAUCUAGUGGCCGGAAUUACCGUGGGUCUCACCGUUAUUCCUCAGUCACUAGCGUAUUCGAAUGUCGCCGGUUUACCGCCACAGUACGGUUUGUAUGGUAGCUUUCUGGGUUGUUUCAUCUAUGUAAUUUUUGGAUCCUGCAAAGACAUACCCAUGGGACCUACUGCAAUAAUUUCUUUGCUGACUUAUCAGACGAUAUCUCAUUUAGACUCCCCGAUACAACAUGCGAUUUUGUUGUGCUUCAUAGCCGGAAUUGUAGAGUUAAUAAUGGGUAUAUUUGGUCUCGGAUUUCUGAUAGAUUUCGUCUCCGGACCAGUAAGUUCCGGAUUUACGUCGGCGGUGGCUUUGAUAAUCGUCACGUCGCAAAUCAAAGAUAUCCUUGGCAUCCCUGCCAAAGGUUCCCAAUUUAUUGAAAUGUGGCAUAGUAUCGGUGGGCUGAUACACGAGACAUCAGGCUGGGAUGCUACUCUUGGAGCAUCUUGCAUAGCAUUACUGUUAAUUCUGAGGUUAUUAGCCGCGUGCAAAAUUGGUCCGGACAAGGAAGAACUUCGUACUACAAAACAUCGCAUCAUGAAUAAAUUCAUCUGGUUAAUCGGCACUUCACGAAACGCGCUUUUAGUAGUAGUUUGUGGUUUAUUGGGUUGGAGUUUCCAGGAUAAAUCGCCUGUCAAAUUGAUCGGUCAUAUACCAGGAGGUAUGCCCGCUGUACAAAUCCCACCUUUUGGAUACAUUAAGGAUAGCAAUACGACGCUCACGUUUAUCGACAUGAUCGGCAAUUUAGGCAGUGGUGUUCUCGUUAUACCGCUCAUCUCUCUAAUGGAGGAUAUCGCUAUUUGUAAAGCCUUUGCUAACGGAAAAGCAGUAGACGCUACGCAAGAACUGAUAGCGAUCGGUGUGUCGAAUAUUGGAAAUUCCUUUGUACAAGCUUUUCCGAGUACAGGAUCUCUCAGCAGAAGCGCAGUGAACAACGCUUCCGGCGUCAGGACACCGUUUGGCGGUGUUUAUACCGGUGUGUUAGUAAUUUUAGCUUUGCUGUUCCUUACCCCAUACUUUAGUUUCAUUCCACGUGCCACUCUAGCGGCAAUCAUCAUAGCCGCGGUCAUCUUCAUGGUUGAAGUCAGAGUCGUGAAACCGAUGUGGAGGACGAAGAAGUCAGAUCUUAUCCCGGGGGUGGGCACGUUCAUCGCGUGUUUGGUGCUGCAAUUAGAGAUAGGUAUUCUCUGCGGUGUCGGAAUAAAUAUUCUCUUCAUCCUCUAUCAUGCCGCCAGACCGAAAAUAACCGUGGAGAAACUCAAGACUCUUCACGGCAUUGAGUAUUUAAUGUUGACGCCCGAUCGUUGUUUGAUCUUCCCGUCGGUGGACUAUGUGCGCAAUUUGGUGACCAAAUACAGCCGGCGUGCCGAAAGCGUUGCAACGCCUGUAGUGAUCGACUGUUCACACAUCUAUGGUGCGGACUUUACGGCUGCUACAGUCAUCGAAACUUUGACAAAGGACUUUGCCUUAAGAGGCCAACCACUCUUCUUCUACAAUCUGAAGCCGUCAGUAUACGCCGUCUUCGAGGGUGUCGAACCUACGGACUUUACUGUUUAUUAUACUCAGGAAGCAUUAGACGACUUGCUGAAGGAGAAGGGAUAUACGAAGCAAAUUAAAUAGAAGGCGACAUGGAGAGCCGCAAUGGCUAGAAUUUUCGAUACAUUAACAUUUUCGAAGCGUAUUCUUUAAAACUAUCUGAAUCGGCAACAGUUGGUUACCGAGAAUACGCGAGAAUUGCAGAAAGACAUUACUUUGAUUAGACUUCAAAAUAAUGCGUUAAUUUCGCCAUGAAAGCGAAACUAUAAAGCAAUUAUAUAUUUAUAUACCGUUGUUCUCGGCGAUAUUUUGUGCGUGUAAAAGUUUAUUGUGAGACUUGGUAAUUUCAGGUAUUUAAAAAAAUAUUUUAUUUUUACUUUUCACAUUUGGAGAUUCACGCAACUUAAUAUAUAGCAAUAGAGAAAGUAUCGAAAUAAAGAAUACGCACAUAGAAAAUAUCGUCGAUCUAUAUUCAAUUUACGUUUAAUAGAAAAAACGUAACUUGUCGCGUGUACUAUAACGGAGAGACACGAAACAAUUUUGAUUCUCACGUAGAAUGGAAUUAGUAAUCGAAGAACGGCUGGAAAAAUACUGUUGUAUUUCUCGAAUAUAUAUAUAUAUGAUAUUACUGCCAUUAUGUACUUCGAAAAGAGAGAUACUAUUAAAAUAGAUUGGAAAUAUCCUAUACGAUAGGUAUGAUACAAAAAAAAAGAGAAAGAACAUUCAAAAAUCGUGUAAAAAAUUAAAACGCGCAUCCUAGAGGAUGUCUUUAUAACAUCUAUAGAUUCUUUUGUCAUCUUAGAAUAUUUAUUUAACUUUUCAAUGAAGCAAAGAUAUAUGUAUAUCUGUGUUACAUUCUCACAUCGAUAUUUAGUGUUUUCAGUGUAUUUGAAGUCCUUAUUUAAAAUCGUAAUGCAUGAAAAAGAUAUAUAAUAUACUGCAUUGUACAUUUUUAUACAUUUACUACUUCAUCCAAAAUAACACUUCGUGUUCUGGAAAUAUAUGUACAUAUGUAUAAUAAGUUCAAACAAUACUGUGAUAAUUUUAUAAAUAAUGUUUAGCGUACAAUCGACGAAAGAUAUUCGUCUUCCGGCGGAACCGCAGCUUCCUCCGUGAUAAAUAGCAGAUAUUUCGUGAAUUUUUAAAAUGUUCUUAUUAGAUCGAUAUCACUGAUUCACAAGCGUAUUGAUGUUAAAUUUCAUUAUAAUUUGAUCAACUAAUAAGAAAAGAUUUGUAAUAUAUAUAAUUAAUUUAAGAUAUGCAAUUUAUAUGUGGCUCAUCUUUUUCAUUAUAUUCCUGCAUUAUUUUUUUGGAAAAAGCUCUAUUAAAAUAAUAAUAUUAACACAAAUAAUAAUAUUAAUACAAUUGUUAUAAAGGCGAUUGUAAUUAUAAAAAUAAUUUUAUAUUAGUUAUUAUAACUAUAUUGAUCAUGAUUAUAAUAUAUGAGAAAAGUUUAUAAUUUAAUUCUUUAUAUAAGUUAAAAAAAAUAAAACAAUUUUUAAACAAUGUGCAGCAAUAUAAAAAUAAAAAUAAUAAUUGUACUACAUUCCCUUUCGCAGCAACAAUAGAUUGUUGAAAGAUGUUGAAUUCAAUACGGUUUGUUGCUUUAAUAAAACAAUGUGUAGAGAAAUAUUAUAUACGUAAUAGUUAUGUACGCGUGCGUGAUUAUAUACGUUACAAAAGAAAAUGGAAGCUUGUGGUAAAUCAAUUAAUAACAUCACUGAAUCGGCAUUUUGUAUCGAGAAAAAGCUUCAUUCAUUUAAUCAAUUUGUAAAUAGUUGAAUAUGUAGUUAUGUCUAUCAAUC